AUGUCAAGCCCUCAAGCGAGUAAUAUAACGAGAAGGUUCUCUGAGCCUGACUCAAGGCUAUCAUUUGCUGAAGCUACUGGAUUGGAUACAAGCUUUAAUGACCCUGUCAUAGAAUCAAGUCUUGCACUCUGUAAAUUUAGUGAGGCAAUUGCUCAACGCAUUGAAGGCAAGGCAUUUGUUCGUCGAGGAGCUUUACGUCAAAAGAAUGUUCAUGAAAUCAAGUAA